UCCCCGUCCCCCCCCCACGUGCCGGGCUUUGUGCCGGGGGCCCUUUCGGUUUCCCUUUGCCCAUGGCGGCCUGGUUCGGCUGCUGGGAGGAGAGCGGCCCGGCGGAGGACGAGGCGGGCUUCUGGAGGUACGACUCCACCUGGGAGGAGGACGACGACGACGAAGAGGAUGAGGAUGGCGGCGAGGCGGAGGCGGCGGCAGGCGGGGAGGAGGCGGAGGAUGCAGCGGAGCAGCCGGUACCCGGCUGGGCGCAGGGCUGCCGGCAGGCCCAGUUCUCAGGCAGGCGCAACUGGACCGCGGCGCGGGACCUGCAGCGGUACAGACACCGGUACCCGGGGUUGAUACAAUCAGAAACUGAAGAGGAAGAAGAGAUGUGGAACUUGAGCUUUUAUAAAAAUGAGAUUUGUUUUUUGCCUCAGGGUUUGCACAUUGACGAUCUGCUUGAAUUGUGGUGGGACAACUAUGAAGUUCUGGAAGAAAACCAUUCUUACAUACAGUGGCUAUUCCCUUUACGUGAACAUGGGAUGAACUUGCGUGCCAGACCACUCACGUGUCAAGAAAUCCAGGCCUUUAAGAAAUCCAAGGAAGUUAUGGGAAGGUUUAUACGAGCUUAUCAGCUCAUGCUGAGGUUUUAUGGAAUCAUUCUCAUCAACGAGGAAACUGGAGAACUUAAGAGAGCAGAGAAUUGGGCUGAACGAUUUCAAAACUUGAACCGGUAUAGCCACAACAAUUUGCGGAUUACGCGAAUCCUGAAGUGCCUGGGGGAGAUGGGGUACGAACACUAUCAAGUGCACUUGGUGAAGUUUUUCCUAACAGAAACCCUCGUUACGGAGACGUUACCAAAUGUCAAGAGAAGUGCCUUGGAUUACUUCCUGUUCACCAUCAGAAGCAAACGGAAGAGAAGGGAACUGGUCCACUACGCCUGGCAACACUUCAAACCCCGGGGCAGCUUCGCCUGGGGGCCACAAGACAAACUCCUCAAGUACAGACCCCGCUCCACCAAGUCACAGCUGCACCAAAAGGCUGAAGAUAAACAGCAAGCUCCUGGUAAAAAAAGUGAUGAUUCUGUGGAAAAGGAUGAGAACCAGUCUCUAGAAGAACAAAAAGCUGGAGAGGCUGCAGACACACAGCCUAAAGUGAAUGAUGAAGAUGUAGAAGAUAAGUUAAGUGAAUGCGUUUCAAAGGAAGAUAAAAAAUGUGAUAAUUCUAUGGAAAAGGAUGAGAACCAGUCUCUAGAAGAGCAAAAAGCUGGAGAUGCUGCAGACUCGCAGCCUGAAGUGAAUGAUGAAGAUGUAGAAGAGAAGUUAAGUGAAUGUGCUUCAAAGGAAGGUAAAAAAUGUGGUGAUCCUUUGGAAAAGCAUGAGAACCAGUCUCUAGAAGAACAGGAAGCUGGAGAUGCUGCAGACUCGCAGCCUCAAGUGAGGGAUGAAGAUGUAAAAGAGAAGUUAAGUGAAUGCGCUUCGAAGGGAGGGGAUGGUGAUGAAGAGAAAGAGGCUUCACUUACCCAGGAGGAGGAGAAGGAUUUAACCAGUGAGACUGGAGAAGUGCAGGGUGUGGCAGAGAACGACUGCACGAAGGAGAGCAAGAAGAGGAAACUGGAUGCAAAUAUGUCAGAUGCUAAAAAGAGUGGAUCCUUGAAAAGCCCGAGUGAUAUUGAAAACAUUUCCCGUAAUCUGGGAGAAUGUGCGAUUGAUGCAGAAAUCCCCUCCUCAGUUCCUCUCCUACAAGCAGAAGAGGAGGAGGGAGCACUGAGGGAAGACGAUGCAAACACCAAAGACUCGGCGGCGCCGGAGACCGCCGACGCAGCUGUAAAACGGAGGAAAGUUGAUAAAAGAACAUCAAGAACCAAAACAUUCAACUUGGCCAUAAACCUGGACAUGGGGCCCUCUGCCUCUAGUGCCAAGUUAAAUCCACCUCUUGCAAACGCUGAGGCUGAAAAAGAAAAUGUCAGUGAGAAAAAUGCAACUGUGGAAGCCACCAGUGAGAAGGGAGGUGGUGACGCAAAUGGUGUGGAAGCCCCAGCUGGCCCCAGGAUCCCCAAGACGGGCCAGACUUCUCCAGUAAGUGAUGGCUUGGAGUUGAGUGGAGAUCAAGACACAGCAAGGAGUGAGCAGCACGGCUGCAACAGCACGCUCCUGGGAGGCAGAGGUGAGACAGAUGGGGUAGAAGAGCAUAAAAAGGCAGAAAAUGCAAGUGAAAAAGAGCAAGCAGAAGUCGAGGGCAAGAAACAAGUUCCAGAGAGCCUUGAGCAGAGCAUGGCGUCUGCUUGUCGUGAAGAAGACAGUGUUGAGGUUGCAACACAAAAACCCAACAGCUCUGAGCGUGCAGCAGAACCUGGUGAAGAGCAGGCAGCAGCAGAGUGAGAGCGGCACGGCCAGCGCUUGGGCAAGUGGAGGUGACACUGUCCUACCUGCUGGGAACCAGCUUUAGUGCUUUGGGUGGCAGAACUACCCUGAAGAAUGAACUUCCUCUGGGCUGAUCCAGGCUAGUCCCUGUCUGACUUCCACCAUUCCAUGCUUUUUUAAUCAUCUGUUGUAACUUCAUUGAGAUCCAGCCCUUGGUUACCCUAAAGAGAAAAACUUUGAGUCAUCUUCACGGGCAGGCUGUCCUGUUCCUGUUUUUUUUAUCUGAUGUUCAGGAUUAUCUUGGAGUAACAGGGAUUUUUGCACUUCGCUUUGGUUCUGGUGUGUCUCUUCUUAAAGAGAAGAGGAAAACUAGUCUUUUUCCUUGUUUGAACUAGUCAAGUAUUUAUUAAAUACAUGAUUUUCAAUGUAAGACAGCAUGACCUAAUUUGCCAGGCCUUUCUUUUACCUUCUAACUUCUAUUUGUUAUUUUGAAAGGCUGUACCUUCCCAGGAGAUUUAUUCCUGGCAACGAUGCUGUGUGUCUGCUUCCUAGGGCAUAAAUCAUUAUUUUUGUGGCAUUUGAGUAUUUCCCAUCAUGUCAGAGUGUAGUUGCCUCUCCUUCCAUAAAGAAAGUAGGUUUGACUUCAGACUGGGAUAAAAUGCGUAGUCAGAGCCUUUCUCUGCCCAGUGUUACCCUUUGUGUACAGAUGCUGUUCUCUGGGGUAGAAAGUGCCGAGUGACUUGUUCCCUUUAUCCCUGGCAGGAAUUCCUUUGUAGCACUUGUUAGAAUCGAGAAUGUGAAUUAUCUGUUGGUUUCUAAGAGGAAAAACCCUCAGACUUUGCCUGAAGCUGUCUCAAGCUCUUCUUCCCCAGGUUUUCCCACCACUUUCUGACCCUUGAUAGUCUUCCACAGGUAUUUAUCUACUACUGGUUCAAAGGCCUUCUGUCCUUAAUUGCCAAAAUAGAAACGAGUAUUUGUUUUUUUCAGACUUGGCCUGUGGGGUUUCUGCAGGCCUGUGGCAUCGAGUUAGACGUGUCAAAUUUAACCCACUUCCUAGUUAGGGCAGGGUUGUUUGACCAUUAACCACCAGUGUGUCAGACAGUGAGGGCACGUUCGAGUGCAACAUGUCUGGAAACCACUGGGCUUUGUGGGGCGGUUAAUUGAGACUUUAAUUGGAGGGGGUAUGCUUGUCUGGUUCGUUUAUUUACGGCCCUCAAGAAUUUACUUUCAGACCUUGCCAGCUAUUUGCCUGCCUUAGAGUUGCUGACCCUCCGUUAGUUGUUCUGCCCGACUCACACAGUGUUCAACCAAGUCUGAAGGAGCAUUAAACAAUUUAGCACUUUGGCUCCUAGAGGUUUACAACAGAGGACCCGUUUCAUGAAGCGGAGGAAACCCCUUGCCAACAGCCAGAAGGUCUGGAUUUGCCAUUUGCUCAGUUAGUUUGUUAUAGUUUUGGGGGGAGUUGGGUUUAGGUGCUGUUUGUUUGGUGUAGGAGAUGGCUAGAGGCUCCCCCUCUUUGCCAGCGACCAGAGGCAGCAGCCUGUGCAAUGUCAAUGUCUUUCCUCUCUCCUCCAGCUCUUAAAAAGCUUCAUCUUUCAAAGAAUUUGAUGGGUGACUUGCCUUCCCAGAUCCUAGGUCCUGAUCCAGCGUGCUGCGUACGCGUGUGUGGAAAUAAAAGUCUGCAGGCUUUAACAUCUAACGGUCACACACAUGCUGGAAAAGGCUUUUGGGGUUUUUAAAAUACUUCUUUUCUUUUUCUUUCUUAUGAACGAGUGGAAUUAAGUUGCCAAUAAGAAUACACUUAAUUACAGGUAUAAAUACUUGAAGUUGUCAAGAGAAAAUUCUUUCAUAAAAGAUUCAUAAGAAAUUGUUAAUUGUGGCUUUUGUACAGAUUUAUAGUAAUUUUCUUAUUUAAUGAAGUUUUCAUUGUGAAUAUGUGCUCAGUUGGGGCAUAGAUCAUAUAUCUUGUUACAGUGAGAUGUGGUUUGUUUUUGUGUUAAAUGGGAUUUCAUGGUGAGCCCUGGUUGGGAGAACUCAACCCAAACCCUUCCCUGGCGUGGUCAGGUUCAGAGUUUGGGCUGUGGGUGUUUGCAGUGAGUUCACAAGAUGUUUUCCAGCAAUGAGCUGUAUCAGAGUCUGUUCCAUUAAUGUCACCUAUUAAAGCAUGACUUUAAUGCA